AUGGCGCCGGUCUCUUUAGAAGUCACACUCUUAAGUGGCAAGUCAGUAGAGAUCACCACCGACCUGGACACAAAGGUUGAAGAGCUACAAACCCAAGCGCAGAAGGCUUUGCAAGCUGGAAGGGGCUUGUUGCUCAACUCACUUGGGGAGACGCUUCCUGCAGCCGCGUCUUUGAAGGAAGUUGGUCUAAAGCCGGGGGAUGUUCUGACGCUCUUCUUGCGUGAGAUUAGUGUGGUCUCCUCGCAGCACGCUUUUGCAAUUUUACUUGGAGACAGAUCUGUUGAAACUUGGAUUGAUGUUGCGCGCGGCAGCAGCCGCCCCUCGGGUCUCAGUGGCGUGCGAAACCUUCAGGCCAGCAGCAAGGCCUUCGCGGCCAUCCUUGACACUGGGCAGGUUGUGAGUUGGGGAGAACGCCGAUACGGAGGUUACAGCGGCUCCACCGCCUUGAAGGAGCAGCUCAAGGGUGUCAAGGAGGUGCAGGCUUCACAUGGUGCCUUUGCAGCCAUCCGCGCGGAUGGGUCCGUCGUAACAUGGGGAGACUCCAGAACCUUCGCAUACGGAGGGAACAGCCAAGCUGUCCAGCAUCGACUGAAGCAUGUGCAAAAGAUCCAGGCCUCACAUGCCGCUUUUGCUGCCAUACGUGAGAAUGGGACUGUCGUGACCUGGGGCGAGUUCCACUGUGGCGGCGAAAGCAGUCUUGUGCAACAUCAACUGGUAAAUGUACAGCACAUACAGUCUUCUUUUGGGGCAUUUGCUGCUCUCCGCAGCGACGGCUUCGUUGUGACUUGGGGGGAUUCCGAACAUGGCGGUGACAGCAGUCCUGUCCAGAGACGCCUCAAGCACGUUCGAAAGAUUCAAGCUUCACAUGGCGCGUUUGCCGCAAUUCUUAGUGAUGGGUCUGUGGUAACAUGGGGAAGUCCUGAGUAUGGCGGUGAGAGUGGCGGAGUUAAGGAUCAACUCAAGGGAGUGCAGCAGAUCCAGUCAUCCUUUUCGGCUUUUGCCGCCAUCCUCAGUGAUGAGUCCGUGGUGACUUGGGGCCACCCAGAUGAUGGCGGGGAUAGCAGAUCUGUGCGUGACAGGUUGAGGAAUGUGCAGCAGAUCCAAGCUUCACAUGGCGCUUUCGCUGCCAUCCUCGCAGAUGGAUCAGUCGUGACAUGGGGUGGUUCUAGGUCAGGAGGUGACAGCCAAGUGGUACAGCAUCAGCUGAAGGAUGUGCUGGCUAUCCAGGCCUCCAGCCGAGCUUUCGCUGCAAUUCUCAAAGAUGGAACCUGGGCACGGCCUUUAGAACUGUUGUACAUGUUUCCUUUUGACGAGGGCCAUCACGAGGGACCACCGCUACCUUGGGAAGGCUUCGCAGCUAAAGGCAAGGGAAAGGGAUUGGGAAAACCAGCCAAAGGCCUUCACAAAGGGCCGCCUUUGCCAGCAGCAACAGGAGCCGCUAAGGGCCAGGAGAAAGGGGGAGCUGGCACAGUUACCAAAGGAAGUUGCAAAGGUACGGCGCAGGAGCCAGCUGUUGUGGCUCAAGAGCCAUCAGCCACAGCUGCCAAGGGCCAAGACAAAGGUGGGGAUGCCAGAGCCCCCAAAGGAAGUGGCAAAGGCAAGGGGCAGGAGCCUUCCGGCGUUGCCAGCGGCAAGGGCAUUACAAUACAUUCUCGGCCCUGGCGAUAA